CUUUCUAUUGUCACUCAAGGCUCAGCCUUCAGACGCCGGCACGAAGGCUAGGCUUUCUGUGAGGAUUCCACAUAAAGAAGACAAACUGGAAAAUAAGGCAUGUGACACGCCAGAAAGGAGAAUAUAGAAAUAUAAACAGACUUAAAAGCCUCUCAGCUGACAGGUCAUGGGAUGGAUACAUCUAAAUCUAAAAUGGAAAACUGAAUCAUUUUAUCCAUAAGGCAGACUCUUUUUUUUUUGGGUACACGACACGCACGACCAAUCAGCAGCACCUCCUUCCUUUGGUUUAAAUAACAAGACAGUCGUCUGUUUCCUUUGCUACAACCUCAAGAUGUCUUGAUGCAGCUUGCUCGACGUCAUAACAACAAAGGGAUUUUGUAUGCAGUCUUGCACAGCUGUAAAGGAAAGGUUGUUGGAUACUGAAACUGUUUACAUGAACAAAAACACAAUCUGCAAUAAUUCUUACAAAGAGAAAACAGAAAACGUUUACAGCAGUGUGCAAUUAAAUAUUAACCAUUUUAAUUGUUGUAUUUUUAUUUUUGGUUCUGUCACAUCUUUUUGGACCAGUGGACCCCUAAAGGUGGAUAUUUUGUUUCUCAAGCCGGUGUGCUUACUUUUCUGUGGGAGUCGGGCAGAUACCGGUAUAUAUUGCGACAUCUAUUUGUAUCGAAAGAAAAACUGAUAACGCUGCAAAGUAACAAUGAGGUCUUCACUGGCGCCUGGGAUCAAACUGAUUACUUCCUUUUCAAGGGACAGUUGGUACCGGGGCUUCACCCUUUUUCUGACGUUCCUCUUCUACACCAGCUACCACCUCUCCCGAAAACCCAUCAGCAUUGUCAAGAGUGAAUUGCACAGAAAUUGCUCCAAUGUGGUCCGGCCUCUUAACUUUACCGGCUCCAACGAGACGUGGUGUGACUGGGCCCCCUUCGAUCAGGAUAACUACCAGACCCUGUUUGGUGCUCUGGAUAACUCAUUCUUGGUUGCUUACGCCAUAGGAAUGUUCUUCAGUGGGAUCUUUGGCGAGCGUCUCUCUCUCCGGUACUACCUCACCGCUGGGAUGCUGCUGAGCGGUUUCUUCACCUCUCUCGUAGGUCUCGGCUUCUACUGGAAUAUUCACAACAUCUGGUUCUAUGUCUUCGCUCAGGCCAUGAACGGUUUAGUACAGACUACAGGGUGGCCGGCUGUAGUCUCCUGUGUUGGGAACUGGUUUGGAAAGGGGAAGCGUGGGCUCAUCAUGGGCGUGUGGAACUCCCACACCUCUGUGGGCAACAUCCUGGGGUCCUUGAUAGCGGGUGUCUUCGUGUCGUCGGCGUGGGGGCUGUCUUUCAUUGUGCCUGGAAUCAUCAUUGGGGUCAUGGGAGUCAUCUGCUUCUUCUUCCUGGUGGAAAAACCGGAAGAUGUGAACUGCAGCCUUCCCCAGCACCAUUGUGAGCAGGACCCUAAUCUCAACUCUACAGCCAAUGAGGAGAUAUUUGGCAGCCCUUCCCACAGCCUGGCCAAUGGCAGCAUCCCAGUGGAACCAGCCAAUGAGGAGCCAAAGGCCAUCGGUUUCGUGGCAGCGUUGAGGAUCCCGGGCGUGGUGGAGUUCUCUCUGUGUCUGCUGUUUGCCAAGCUGGUCAGCUACACCUUUCUGUAUUGGCUGCCCCUCUACAUCGCUAACGUUGCACAUUUUGAUGCCAAGGCUGCUGGAGACCUGUCCACCCUCUUUGACUUAGGGGGAAUUUUUGGUGGAAUCCUUGCCGGUGUUGUGUCAGACUAUACAGGAGGCAGAGCCACCUCAUGCUGCGUCAUGUUAAUUGCAGCAGCACCAAUGUUGUUCGUGUACAAUCGAAUUGGAGAGUACGGUCUCGGGACGACGAUAGGAAUGCUGCUGCUGUGUGGUGGUUUGGUGAACGGCCCCUACGCUCUCAUAACUACAGCUGUAGCUGCUGAUCUGGGAACUCAUGAAAGUCUAAGAGGGAACUCCAAAGCUCUUUCCACUGUCACCGCCAUCAUCGACGGCACUGGUUCCAUAGGUGCUGCUCUUGGUCCUCUGCUGGCUGGUUUGAUUUCUCCAACCGGGUGGAACAAUGUGUUUUACAUGUUGAUCACUGCUGACAUCCUGGCCUGUUUGUUCCUUUCCAGACUGGUUUACAAAGAGGUCCGGGGCUGGUGUGGGUUCUACACGAGGAUGCGAGGGUUUAAAGAAAUCUGACACAUGGGCCACGUGAGAAUGUUCACAGAGCUUUCAAAUAAAAUGAACAAACUAAAUGGAUCGAGGGGGUGCUUUUGUUCUUUGAUGCUGGACUGCUUUUAUUGGAAAGACAGGAAUCAUGUCAGUCCUGGAUAAAAGGGAACACAUCAAUGCCACGAGAAAGGGGGAAAGAUUAAAGGAACCAAACAAAUCACCAUUUUUUUAGAUGAAACUGCCGUCUGCUAAACGUGACUGCAAACAAUCUGUUUCAAUUAAUAAUGGAGUGUUUUUACCAACUGAUGUCUUCCUCUGAUCUAUCUGAGCUGCAAGUCCUUUAUCAUUAAAAUGGUGCUAAGUGUAAUUCGGUUUUUGUUUUUUGUCCUCUUGUUUUAAUCAGGGUGCAUUGGCCUGUUUUGUUCAAGGUGUAAUUUAUGUGUUUUUUUUGUGAAAGGGAAGCUCACAGACCGCUCAUUUCAUCCCUUCCCUUUUAAAGACCCGAUCACAGUAAAAUUAGUCUUCCGCAUAAUUGUCCAGAUGUCUGUACUGUUGAAUAACAGCAAAGUCUUCAUGGGCUUGUAUUAAUGUUGUGUUGUUGUUAUUAAAAAGCCUAGAUGUUUUAUAUUGUGUCCUGAAUCGAUUUUACGAGCAACUUGCACCACAAAAAAUGGAGAAAAGAAUUCACUAAUUGUACACCCAUAAUACUUCUCUGUCUUGGGAAUAAAAGAUUUUACAUUUUCUAGGUUACACAUCAA